UCACGCACGCCCUGACCCGGAAGUGACGGCCCGGCGCGCUCCCACGCCUCAGCGCUGCCGCCAUGAAGCCCAUCCUGCUGCAAGGCCAUGAACGUUCCAUCACGCAGAUCAAGUACAACCGCGAGGGAGACCUGCUUUUCACCGUGGCUAAGGAUCCUAUUGUCAACGUGUGGUAUUCAGUGAAUGGAGAGAGGCUGGGCACCUACAAUGGGCACACGGGAGCCGUCUGGUGCGUGGAUGCCGACUGGGACACGCGACAUGUGCUCACCGGCUCCGCGGAUAACAGCUGUCGGCUCUGGGACUGCGAAACAGGAAAGCAGCUGGCCCUGGUGAAGACCAGCUCCGCGGUGAGGACGUGUGGCUUUGACUUUGGAGGAAAUAUCAUCAUGUUUUCCACGGACAAGCAGAUGGGAUAUCAGUGCUUCGUGAGCUUCUUUGACCUCCGGGACCCCAGCCAGAUCGAGAACAACGAGCCUUACAUGAAGAUUCCCUGCAGCGAUUCCAAAAUCACCAGUGCUGUGUGGGGCCCUCUGGGAGAGUUCAUCAUCGCAGGACACGAGAAUGGGGAGCUGAACCAGUUCAGUGCCAAGUCCGGGGAGCAGCUCUCCAACAUCAAGGAGCACACCAAGCAGAUCAACGACAUCCAGACCUCCCGGGACAUGACCAUGUUCAUCACGGCCUCCAAGGACAACACAGCCAAGCUGUUUGAUUGCACGACACUUGAGCACUUGAAGACGUUCCGGACAGAGCGACCGGUCAACUCUGCUGCGCUUUCCCCCAUUUUUGAUCAUGUUGUGCUUGGUGGUGGGCAGGAGGCCAUGGAUGUGACCACGACCUCUACCAGGAUUGGGAAAUUUGAGGCCAGGUUCUUCCACUUGGCUUUUGAAGAAGAGUUUGGCAGAGUGAAGGGUCACUUCGGUCCAAUAAACAGCGUUGCGUUUCACCCCGACGGGAAGAGUUACAGCAGUGGGGGUGAGGAUGGCUACGUCCGCAUCCAUUACUUUGAUCCCCAGUACUUUGAGUUUGAAUUUGAAGCUUGAAGGAGGACUCCCUCUUCUCUUCCUUCUCCUCUUCCAACCCAUCGGUUCCUGCGCAGAGGCCUGCAGUGAGGCUGCUCCGCAGGAGUGGGAAGCAGCGAGCAGCGAACUUGGGGUGGAGGGGGCUCAAAAGGGGAGGACUGGCUUUCCCAGGAGGCAGGGAAGGCGUGGAAAGGAGCUGGGCUGCCUGCCCGCCCCUGGAGCUGCUCGCUUCCUGCCCUGCAGAGCAUAUUUAUACAUUGGGGGA